UUCUGCAGGCUGCGUCUGAAGGUGUGGAAAGGACGUAAGAGCAAACAGUUGCACCGGGACGGGGAAAAGUUAACAAAAAUAAGAAAAAGAAUCCUAGUAGUUAAAUAAUCGCAAUGUCUGUUCAAAACGAUCUCUCUCCGGGUUCAACGGGGGACCAAGCUGUGACUGACAUGGAAGACAAUGAAGUUUUUCUUCCUGAAGAUGGUCAAAAUGUGCCGAGCAAUCCACUGUUACAGGAGUUACCUAGCUACCAGUCUAUUUUAAGGAGAGGAACCUCUUUUGGUGGGACAAGGGAUAGGAAGAAAAGUUUACGUAACCGAAUGGCAUCCUCAGUCAAAGGUGCACAGGUUUGCUCUUUAUCAGAUGAGACUGACAUUCAGGAAGACGAACUACCACUGAGAGAAUGUGCAAUCUGCAUGGAAGAGAAAAGAAAAUUAAGGAACAGACAGCAAGCCCGGAUUAGACACUUAACAAAGUGGGAGCAGUGGGAACAGAGCUCCUUGAAGUACUGGAAGAAAUCAAAAGAUACAACUAAAGCAGCACUGCUCCACUUGCAGCUCUGGAGGUGCUCUAUACGUGACAUUGAGGGAAAGUUUGGAACUGGAAUCCAGUCCUACUUCUCAUUUCUACGUUUCUUGGUGUUACUGAACUUUUUAAUAUUUCUGUUGAUGUUUGGCUUUGUUACACUACCUAUCAUCAUUUCAAAAUAUGGAAUUAUUAACAGCACUGCUAUCAACACUUCAUCUCAAGCAACAGGUUGCGAGGUCUAUGUACUUCCCAGACCAACACUUGCUUAUUUCUAUCGUCACAUAAUUGACUUUCUUUCAGGCACUGGUUUUCUUGAAUUGACGUAUUUGUUUUAUGGCUAUUAUAAAACCGACAACGUUUACUUCCAAGAAUUUAAAUACAACAUUCCCCUUGCGUAUCUACUUGUGACUGUUGCUUACCUACUUGUGAGUCUUCUCUGGAUAGUAAGAAGGUCUGUACUGGGAUUUAAACAAAACCUAGUAUUGGAUGAGGAUCGUUACCAGACAUUUUGCAACAAAAUAUUUACUGGCUGGGAUUUUUGUAUUACAGACGUGCACACUGCAAAAUUAAAACAUAGUAGUCUACAUUAUGAGCUUAAAACAGACCUGGAAGAGGAAAAAAUAAGGGAGAAAAUUGCAAAGAGAACAAGGAAAGACAAAUGCCGCAUCUACUUCCUGCGAGUUUUUCUUAACAUUAUAGUGAUUUCUGUGCUAGCAGGAUGUUUCUAUAGCAUUUAUAGAGCAACAGUCUUCUCUCAGUAUUACAACCAAAUUAAUCCAAAACCUAGUUUCAUUGUGGGCCUUAUUGUAGAGUAUUUGCCUUCUAUGGUGAUUACUUUUGCCAACUCUAUUACCCCGAUUAUUUUUGAUGUCAUCAUUCAGUUUGAAGAUUAUUCUCCAGCCUUUGAGAUCAGAUUUGCACUUAUGAGAUGUGUUUUUGUACGCCUGGCUAGCAUUGGUGUCCUUCUAUUUACAUUAUGGUCCCAGAUUACAUCGUGCUCACAGAUGAAUUGUGCCCCAUGUGGAUACAAUUAUACACUUUAUCCUUGCUGGGAAACUCGAGUUGGUCAAGAAAUGUAUAAGCUGAUGAUGUUUGAUUUCAUAGUAAUUGCUGCAGUUGCUCUUUUUGUUGAAUUUCCUCGAAAACUAAUUGUCACGUACUGCUCUUGGAAGCUUUUUCGCUGGUGGGGAGUACAAGAGUUUGCCAUCCCUCAAAAUGUCCUGGAAAUUGUUUAUGGUCAGACUAUCUGCUGGAUAGGAACUUUUUAUUCACCUCUUCUGCCUGCAAUUGCAACUGUUAAGUACUUCAUCGUAUUUUACAUUAAAAAGAUAAGCUUGAUGAGUAACUGUCGUCCUGCAACAAGGCCCUUCAGAGCAUCUAGUUCUAAUUUUUUCUUUUUCCUGGUACUGCUUAUUGGUCUUAUAUUGGCUUAUAUACCUGUGGGAAUCAGCAUUGCACAUAUUAACUCUUCAAAAGCUUGUGGACCGUUCGUAAACUUUAACACUACUUGGCAAGUAGUGCCACGCACCAUUGAUACGAUGCCUGAGGGUCUCCAAAAUUUUUUUUACGGUAUAGGAUCUGAAGCAUUCGCUGUCCCAUUCUUUGUAGUGAUCUGUCUCAUUAUGUUCUAUUUCAUUGCACUUGCUGGGGCACACAAAAAGGUUGUUUUGCAGCUGAGAGAGCAACUACAAAUGGAGGGUCGUGACAAACUUUUUUUGAUCAGAAAAAUAAUGGAAGCACAGACAGAUCUAAGAUAUAGAAAUAAAAACUAUUCAAGAGGGUAUCCAUCUCAUGCAAAAGGAACCUCUAGAGAACAGCCUUCAUGUGGAAGUGAGAUACAACCAUACGUAGUGGGUCUUCUGUAAUUAUGACUUGCUUGUAGGUUCAGCCAUUUUAGAAGACUACAAGACACUCACUGAACCAAGAUAACUUACACACUACUGAAAGAAAAUUUGUGUUUUUUCACAAGCACUUUUCAUUUUAUAGAUUACACAAAUGAUGCUGUAGCAGUGGCUUUUUAUAAAUAGUAUCUAGUUAUUUAGCUUUUCACCAGUGUUACAAAUCUAUGCACUGUUUAAAAUGGUUUUAUUGUUAUUUUAUACUACAGUUGUUUUGUUGCAAAAGGUAAGUGUUUAAAGUCAGUUUAAAUAAUUAUAGUGCUCUGGUCACUUUAUUUUAUAUCAUGGCAUUUGUAUGACUUGCUUGUUUUUAAAACUGUCCAUGACUUUGUUUUAAUUUUUUUCAUUCAUGUUACACAUUAAAGAAAAGUUGUAACAAG